UCAGGUGAUUGGUUGUUUCCUUGUUAUUGCAGGAUUGCAGGUAGUUCUAUGCUGUAGCCGCGUUAAUUUCUUCGUUUCUUGAGAGGCACUAGAUGAAAUAAUGACCUCCCAAGACGCCGAAACCAAAGUGAAACAUUCCGCAGACAUGGAGGUCAACGUCUUGGACGAACUCCUGGAAAACGCUGACGACGACGACCUGGCGGCGGAGUUGAACAAUGAAGAAAAAAAAGUUGGCAAGCGGCCGCCCUCGACACCCAGCACACCGCCGUCCACAAAGACCUCCAUAUCUGCCGCUACUAAAAAGGCCUCCACUACUCCUAAAAGCUCUACCGCUUCUAAGCCUGUCAAGAGGGUGGCUUCAACCGACAAGGCCUCUUCGCAGAAGAAAGCCUUGCCAUCCCUGAAGGCCCCUCCAGCAAAGCCUGCUGCUUUGGUUCCCAAGAAGAAGUCUCCUGCCAGUGCGCCUGUAAGUUCAUCCUCAGCCAUGCCUGCCACUACAGCGUCGGCUUCUUCAGCAAGCUCCACGUCGGCUCAGUCCAAGACCGGUGCCCAGCCGAAGUUGGUCAAAAAGUUACCGCAGACUAAGAUUGCUACCAAGCCUCCAGCAACUGUCGAGAAGCCAGUAGUGAUGAAAGCCAAGCCGGUGGUGUCUGCUACGGGAGAGCCAAAGCUGUCAGCGGAGGACCUCUUGAAAGAUGAAGCUGCUCAGAAAGGAAUGACAAUCAAGAAGACAGUAGGGAAAAAGAUACCGACCACCCAUCAAACACAGAACAAGCCAGUCAAAAAGCCUGUGGCGCCACCAAAGGCAGCUGCCCCAAAAGUCUCCCAGACUACUGCAUCUGCAACAAAGGCAAAGCCUGAGAAGGUGGCUGCCACAGCUUCCAAGCCAACUCCAGUCUCGCCAGUUGUCGCCCUGGCCUCGAACAAGAUGCACGUGCCUGACGAAGACCCGGAUCGACUCCACGUGACACCCACCGCGGAGGAGUUGCAAGUGGCAGAAGAGCCCCUACCGCCACCGCCGGUGGUCGGCGAAGAAAGCUCGCAGUCUAGCAUGCACACGCGCCCCUUAGACCCCAUCUCGAGCUUCAUCAUUGGUGGUAGUACGAGUCAGGCGAGCGGCAUCUCCGAGGGUCGAGGGGGUGGACAUACCUCGGGUAAACAGACCUAUGACGAUGGCCGAAGCGACAUAACGUCUUCCGGCCACGAGAGCUGCUCGUGUAGCCUUGGCUCAAGUACUUCGAGGUCGCGGUCGGUGUCCCGGUCUAGGUCACGUUCCAGGUCGCAGUCCUACAGCGUGUCAUCGUCAGCAGCUUCGGAACAGGGUGACCGUUCACCGAGGCACCACGUCUCUCGCAAGAGGCGUCAUUCUCCAAUCGUCUACGACAGAAAGAACAGAAGUGUAGAAAGAACACCAAAGCGGCCACGAGUAUCUUCAUCUGUUGGAAGACGAGAGCAUUCUGAGCUGAUUGAACAACAGCACCUCAUAAAGUACUUCUUCCGGAACGCCAGGUUCUUCCUAGUGAAAAGCAAUAACCAUGAGAACGUUGUGCUCUCAAAGGCCAAGGGUGUGUGGUCAACACCGCCUCAGAAUGAAGCUAAACUGAAUCAGGCCUUCAGGGAGUGCAAAAAUGUCAUUCUGAUCUACUCAGUCAAGGAAAGUGGCAAGUUCCAAGGCUUUGCACGCCUGGGGUCUGAGUCGAACCACGACUGCCCAACAAUCCAGUGGGUGCUGCCGCCCGGUCUGAGUGCCAGGGCCCUGGGCGGUGUCUUCCAGGUGGACUGGAUCUGCAGACGUGAACUACCUUUCACCAAGACUACCCAUCUGUACAACCCUUGGAAUGACGGAAAACAAGUCAAGAUUGGUCGGGAUGGACAGGAAAUUGAGCCCCGCGUGGCUGAAGAGCUGUGCCAGCUGUUUCCCGUGGAUGAAAACAUCGACCUGCGCAGCAUCCUGCACCGCCGCAGUCGCACGUCGCGGCGAAGCUCGACGCACCGCCGCCGCACCCCAUCACGUCGUUCCGCAUCCCCCUGUGGCCACCGUCAUCGCCACGCUCGCACCAGUGGAAGGGAUGAAGCUCGUUUGCGUCUGGCGAGAGUGCAUAGUCGCCGGUCCAGAAAUAGCCAUGGUUCACAUUCGCCGCGACCAAGACACCGUAGGGAAAGUUCGGAUGAUGGUUACCGCAUGGUUCGUCGUGGGAGGUAUUGUCCUGAUCAUGAGGUACCAAUGGACCGAUACCAAGCCAGGAGAGAUCAGCCUUCUAUGAACGGGGCCUACCAAGACUACCUCAGGGAGUACCACCACCAUCAGAGGCCACCCUUGCCACCGAUGCCAUAUGGGCCACCGCCACCUUUCCCCAUGGAUGCCAUGUCCUACCACUAUGAGCGAAGCCUCCAUCACGUCGAGUACAAUCACGGUGUGCCGUCACGACCCUCAAGGCAGCCAGAGAAGCGAUCGUACGAAAUGACGGUCGACGACUUCAUCAGGAGAACAGCGCGACCCCCGCCAAGCCGUGUCGAGCGCCGAUAUCGCGAGCGACGGUGAACGGGCAUCACCACAGUCGAUCUCACUGAAGAAAGACCAUGUACAUUCAUCGUAUCAUAGUUGCCAACUCAUCCUUAUUUGCGGCCUCGGUGGCCUUCUGAAUGGCCUAGAGGUGUUGGUUGUUGUUGCUGUAUGCGGCCUGCGAAAUUCGUUUUUACAGUGCUGUGUUUGGCUUGACCCCAUAAUCCCCCCCCCCUCUUCCUAAAUAUUUUGUACAUAGAAGUCCAGUGUGCAUCUGCUCCUACUUGCAAAAGUGAGCACCAUGCCACCUGAAAGUGGUGUUUCGGUGUACUAUCUUUUUCUGUGUGUUCAAGAGAACUAACAUUUAAGCGUUGCGACUUCCCAUUAUUUUUGUAUGUUAUUCAAAAACAAAUCGUGUUCAGAAGUUACAAACGAACACUAGAAAAAAUGUGUGUUGUGGAACAAUAAAAAGGCUGACAUGUAUAAUCGAA